GCCGGCCUCCCCGUGGCGAGCUCCAGGGUCCUGCCCGGGCUUGUCCUCCGCAGGGACUUCGCGACCUACAGUCCGGCAGGAGGGGAGCUGCGGGCCGUGCUCGUCACCGAGCCCCUCCGGCCCGCCCUGUCGGCCCCCAGCGUCGAGUUUGUUGUCGACUCCGAGGGUCAGUAUCAGGCUUCCCUGCAAUGGAUCACAAGGAGGACAGAAGCUUUAAUAAAACACUUGCAGAGCAACAACAUCAGGCUGUUACUGUCGAGCGUGAAGCAGGAGGAAAUAGUUAUUUACUAUGCGAAAUUGUACGGUAUAUCUGUGGUAGAGUGCUUAUCAUCAGAAGAAAUGGCCCUCAUUUGUGAAAUCACAGGAGUCUCACCCUACGCACCGUUUGGUGAUAACAUGCUCGGAGGAAUCACUGAAACUGCGGUGGCAACAUUUUGCCAGCCCUUACUGCUCGGCUCAAAGAGAUGUGCUCACAUUGGCUUCACCAGCAUGUGCACCUUUCAGCCCCAUUGCCUUAUUCUCUGUGGGCCAGUCGAGAGUGUUAAUGAGCAACAUGCUGCUGCUUUACAAGAGGCAUUUGUAAUGCUGCAACAGCUCUUUAAAACAGCUGAACAGAGGGAGAAAUGCAAAGCAGAAGGCGAAAGCCAGGGUGAAGUCUCGGGUGUUUGCAGUUGGUAUUCUUCAGCUACUGAGAAGCAACUUGCAAUAGAAAAUAAUUAUUGUAACAGUAGUCAGGUUUCUGAAGGUCAGUCAAAAGCACAGAGGGAUGAAGCAGAGACACAGAUUGUAGACACAGAUUUGCAGGGAUGCAGUAAUCCAGUAUGUGUGCAAACAGACUUGCAAAUACUCUCAAAUCCCAUCUUGCACAUCAAGGAAUUCAGUGGUGCCACUGAAGGAGAUGGCUCUUCACAAGGUGUACAGAAACCGCAUGCAAAAUGCGAGCACCUGGGUGCCGUGCACGUGAACUGUAAAAACGAUUCUCUUGUGGACAGUCAGAAGCACCACAGCACUGCUGUAUUAGCAUGUAAGGCUAAUGCAGGCACCAUGUGUGAAAGCCUAGAUGCUGGCAAAGACCUAGAGAAAGUCAGCUGCAAUAUAGUCCCAUUAAAACAUGGAAAGAGUUGUGUAAGCACUGCACAGAAUUAUUCUGUCUCCCUCAUAAAAGCAGGGUCAGUUUUGCCAGCAGGAGGUUACUUUGAAGUCCUGUUACAUUACUAUAUUCGGUACUACGCAAAACAGUUUCAGCAGUCAGAGGUAGCUGUUGUAUCUGAUGUAGUUGCUGAUGCGCUGCUAAGUAUUCCCAAGUCCUUGUAUGGGACAACAGAACGAAACAGCUUUACCAAAUUCUAUCUCAGAGCCAUAAAUUCACUCAGAAAAAAUGAGCCCCUGCCUAUGAAUGGGAAAGGCUUAGAAUCAGUGUAUUGCAAAUACCACUUAGUCAUCUCAGUUCUUCAUUGUGUUGCAGAGCUGCUCUCCAUAGAUCUAAUAAUUGAUAUUAAGUGGCCACUGCAAAAAGCUGAGGAUUAUGACUCAGAGAAUGACUUCUGA